UGGAGACACAUUUAUCUCCAGGUUCACCUGAUAUGAGGAAACCAAGUGCUGAAUGGAGAACCGGUCUUUACGCACAGCAUGCAGACUCCUCCCAGACUCGCCUGGAAGAAAACCUUUCGGAACAGUAGCUGCUGGCCACUGACGGAGACUCCAUCCACGCGGACUGAUGCUCAGCAACCCCGACUAAGCGUUUACAAAUUUUUUUUGCAGGUUUUUACGCGCACACACAAUGAGGGCCUUUAUUUCCACCGUGACAGUGUUGUGGGUCAUGACAAUACCUUGCAUUGAAGCUAUCCACGGAUUGUACAAUUUCGGACAGCACGAGUUAUUCUACAAAAAGAACAACUGCAAGCCGAUUCCGGCAAAUCUCCUCCUGUGCAACGACAUCGAGUACACGGAGAUGCGCCUCCCGAACCUGCUCGGGCACGAAACCAUGAACGAGGUCCUGCAGCAGGCUUCGUCUUGGAUCCCGCUGGUCCAGAAGCAGUGCCACCCCGACACGAGGAAGUUCCUCUGCUCCCUUUUCGCUCCCGUGUGCCUUGACGACCUGGACGAGCCCAUCCAGCCGUGCCGGUCUCUGUGCGAGAGCGUCAAGGAGGGCUGCGCGCCCGUGAUGUCCGCGUUCGGCUUCCCUUGGCCGAAGAUGUUGGACUGCGACCGUUUCCCACUCGACAAUGACCUGUGCAUACCUCCUGCAGGCAUCGACAGCUUUGUGCCAGUCACCAAAGAAGUGCCCAGGGUGUGUGAUGCUUGCAAGGAAACGGAUGAAAAUGACAACGAAAUUGUCGACAACUUGUGUAAGAAUGACUUUGCUCUGAAGAUCAAAGUCAAAGAGAUCUCCUACAUCAACGGGGACACCAAGAUAGUGCCGGAGAACAAGAGCAAGACCAUUUACAAGCUGAACGGCGUGACGGAGCGUGACCUCAGGAAGACGGUGCUGUGGCUGAAGGACGGCCUGCAGUGCAUCUGCGAGGAGAUGAACGACAUCCACGCUGCCUACCUGGUCAUGGGCCAGAAGAUGGACGGCCAUCUGGUCAUCACCUCGCUGAAGCGCUGGCAGAAGGGACAGCGAGAGUUUAAGAGGAUUUCCCGCAGCAUCCGCAAGCUGCAGUGCUAGGAAGUGAGGAGGGAGAGGGGGAGGGGGAGAGGGGGGUGGACUGCAUGUGUCCCCCGUUGAAGAAAAGGUUUAGUUGAUCUCUUUCCAAUUAUCCAGUUGUCACAUAAGUUGCAAUUGUGGUUCAUAGAUUCCCAUCUAGAUUCCAGCAAAGAGGUUUCUUUGAUCCACUUCCAAAACAUAAGCAAUAUAAAGCAUAUGUGCCGGCAAAAAAAACUACAAUUAUUUUGGAUUUUCACGUUCUGAAAGGUGCGACGCCAAUACACUCAAGCUACAUUCACCAUUGAGGCCACGCUAUUCAUAUUAUUUUAAGUGUCCAUGUAUUUUAAGUAGGGCACACAUUUCACAUCUGGUACAGGUACAGAUGCGGUGUAGGAAAAUUGUAGUAAUAUGAGAUUUUUGUUUUCAUCCAUUGAUUGUUAAUCAGUGAGUAGUGAGCGCCCCCCAGUGGCCAGUAUUAAAAGUGAUGCGUCUUCUCCUGGGGAGCUGCCUCAUUAAUUGCACUCAGCUGGCCUCCCAGGUGUAAAGGAUCACUGUUUACACGGUUAGAGUGAAACUAGCAGAGUUUUGAAUACAAGAUUAAAAAAAAAAAACAUUGACUCCAUAAAAUGCAUUGGCAGAUCUUAUUAUUAAAUCCCGACUGGGUGGUGAUUUUAAGACAUUUUCCUUUUCACCUCUGGUAUUCCCCGGGUUUUCUUUUCUGCUUCUGAAUAAUAACCUAAAAAUGUACUUUUUUAUUUUUCAUGAGGGGCUUCCUCAAACAAGGUGACAUCAUCGGCAGUUGUUUUGUUUAGGAUUAUUAAAAACUCCCAAAAGGAACAAAUGACGUCACCAGGGUCUAAGGCCUUACAUUUUUUUUAAACAACUAUGAGUUUUAAAAUCUUCCUAAAUCAAACUAUUUUCUCACACAGUUCUUCAUAAGUAAUUACUGAUUUCAUAUUGUGUGGUGCAUAUUAAUUGAAGCUGUGAUGCCAGUGUGCGUAGUGUGAUGUUCAAAGACAAACAUGUUAGUGUUUUUGUAUUCCUACCGUUUUCUCAAGCAAAAAAUGAGAGAUAGCUGGCUAUAUUCUCUUCCUGUUCAACAUUUUAAUACUCUCGGUAAUCUUUUUAUACUUGAGUCACUGCAUAUACUUUUCUUCCACAGUAUGAUAAAAACUAAUAUUUUUCUACUCCAAUAUUUCAGUUAAACGUGUAUGUUGAGUUUCGGUUUGAUGAGUUCUUUUGGUAUUAUUAGAGGAUGAAUAUCUGAGUUUUGGUUGGUAGCGUUGAUUUAAUGAGCACUAACUUGUUAGGCGCCUGUAAUCAAGUGGCCCUGCGUGCGUGUGUGUGCAAUGUAAAAAAAAGUAUGUUUGAAAGUAUCACUGUGUAAAUAUCAAAUACUGACUUUUAUUCUUGUAUAGUUUCCAGCUAUUAAAAGCUGCCAACAUCA